GGUUGACGCCCUGCGCACGCACAUCGCGCGCACUUCAACUAAUCGGCGAUAACUUCACGUUUCUAACUGUAAAAAAAAUAUUGGUCGCGGGCAAAUAUGUAACUAAAAGAUAAUUAAAAAAAAUAAAGUUUUUUUUUAUUUAAUUGAGGUGUUUAUUAUGUUUUUAAAUUGUUUCCCAAAAUGUGUCAGUAAAUAGUGUGAUAAUUUUAAAUUGUGAUAAUUAGUGUGUCUAUGUUAAAUGUGGACUAGAUUUUAAAGUGUGAACUUCAUUUAAUAAAGAUUGUAUUUCUUGCAAUCGAGUUUAAUACUAGGAGGGCAGAUUUGAAAGGCGAUAGUGCCCUAGACGAUAAAUUAGGGCACGAUUAUUGGUACUUAUUUGAUUUACAACAGCUGUGGAUUGCAGUGAACUCGCAUUAAAUUGUUAAAGAUGAUUUCCGAGUGGUUCAAAGAGAUUGCUUACAAGGCGGAGUUAGACCGCCACGAAGAUCCCGAACUAGAGGAGCAGGCUCUGCUGCUGUGCGGUGAGAAGAAGGAUACCAGGGCCAAAAACUUACAGGAUCUGAAGAACUUAAUAUAUGAGCGUGGAGAAUGCAAGCCACCGAGGAUGGACGACGCGUUUCUGAUGCGUUUCUUGCGCGCUCGCCACUCCAUACCAGCGCGUGCGCACAGACUGUUGGUCCGCUACUGCAACUUCCGGGAUCAGAACCCGCACCUGUGGCGCGACGUGGACUGGUUCAGUCUCACGCGGCUCGGUUCCGUGUUCGAGGGGGUGCUGUUCGACAGGCCGGACGUCGGCAGACUCAUCAUCUGUAGACUUGGUCUAUGGGAUCCCGACCAGAUCCCCGUGGACGACCUGAUCCGCGGCUGCCUGCUGCUGCUGGAAGUGGGCAUCAUGCAGCCCAAGCUGCAGGUGCUGGGCGGCACGGCGCUGCUGGACUGCGAAGGCAUCUCCAUGAAGCACAUGCGACAGCUCUCGCCGUCUAUAGCACUGCAGGCCAUGAACGUUAUGGGGUUCUCGUUUCCGCUCCAUCAGCGGGAGGUGCACGUGAUCAAUUGCUCGCGGAUCUUCGAGACGCUGUUCCACGUGUUCAGGAGACUCGCGCCCGCCGACGACCUCUGGAAGAGAGUGCACUUCCACGGAUAUGACCUCACCUCAUUACACAGGUUUGUAGAACCCGAGUGCCUGCCAAAACGGUACGGCGGGCACCGCGACCCCGUGUCCCUCUGCGACUGGCUCACCAAGAUACGCCAGUACAAGAACAAGCAGUUCGACAGCGAUAUGCGCAGCAUUGGUUACUACGUGGAUUAGAUAAUAAAUAAUACCUCAUUACUUUUAUAGUGUCUGUUUCACAAUCUCUGAAUAAAGUUCUCAGUAAACUUAUUUUCUCAGUAAAGAAUAGGGUCGUUGUCAAUUUUGGAUUACAUUUAAACAAUUAAAAUUGUUUACUGAGCAGAUGAGUUACAAGUAGCUUAUAUAGAAACUUUACUUACUCAGCAAUUGUGAAACAGGCCCUUAGAGAACAAGUAACUUAAACUAAUUACAUGUUUACCUACCUCAAGGCGGAAUAUUUCAAAACUUUUGUAAGAAAACAUUCAACUUGGCCUCUGGAGUUUAGCUGUUACUGUAUCUUUCAUAUUGCAAACUCAUUUUAAUUAUUAAAAGAAGUCUAACUAUGUAAACUUAUUAUACAUAAUAUUCGUUUCUAUGAUCUUUAGUUAGGUACGAUAAAUCUAUUAAAGUGGAUGUUUUUCUAGUUAAUGAGAACUAAAGCAUAGUUUUAUACAUGUAGCAUUCAAAUGCUUAAAAAUAUAAUAAACUAUGAAAAUGGGUUGGAAUUGUUUAUUCUAAAUGUAUAUUCACUUAGUUCCAUUGUAGAAGGUAAGGGUUCAAUCCAGACUGCUACCAGUGCCAAGUUGAAUCUUUUCUAGUAAGAAUUUUGAUUAGAAAUAAAAUAGGGAACGCUAAGUUGCAAGCGUUAUAUUUUUGAAGAUAGAAAAUACAACAAUGGUGGAUAGUUUAUGGCUACUUCUCCAAACGAAAAAAAAAUCUAUGUUAUGGUAAUCUUUCGAGCUCAAGUACAAAUUCCCGCUCCCCUACCAUGUUCAAAAACAUCUAUUUACUGUGAUAACUUGUGAUAACUCAUUAACAGAUUGAGUUUGGCUAACAUAAGACUAAGACCGCGAAACUCCUUAGUCUAAACAUUUUCGCUGCAAAGAGAUUCUAAUAUGCUUUCCAGAGCUACGUUUACUUCCUAAGGAUCUAUGUCUUCCGUGGACUGGGAUCAUAAUAUAUUUUUAAGCAUAAUGUUAACAUAAUGUAGAAUAAGUAGUAAAAACAUAGUUAUAUAGAAAGAUAUGAGAUAGAUCUAUUUGAUUGACGGCGGCUGUUGAUGCAACAGUAACACCCCAUGGCUUCUGCUCUAAAUAUUUGUGAUGAGCCCAUAUAUUUUUUUAAACGUAAGUACAAGCCGCAGAUAUUAAAUUUUUGUAGUGCAAGGAUUUGCUCAUUUUGGGACAAUAACAAUACAUAUCGGAGAACUCAUAGCUAUGUUGAGUUGUCAGUUACAUUAGUGAGCUUAUUAAAUGGUUUAUUACAUUUAUCAAUAUUAUCUUACAUCUGACCAAUAAUAAGUGUAGCAUUUACUAUCUUAAGGCAGUGUAAUAAUACUGAUUUUAUUCCUAUUUUUUGUAGCAAGUUAGGAAAAUGCCUCUUCCGCACUUACCUUUAAAGGGCCCCAGAUUGUACGAAGGGAACACGGGCGCUGGCAAAGAUUUCCACUUUUUACACUACUGUCCAAAAUAUUCUGAAUGCACUGUACUAUUGUCUGCAUAUCCUAUUCCUAAGAUGAUUAAAUCAAUGAUAUGCAGCAAAAAGAGUAUGGGGGAGAGGACAGAGCCCUAAGGGACACCGUCAUUUACUGAUAUGAAUUGCGAACUACAUAUGUGCAUAAGGACGCAAAUUCUACGCUCGUGCAAGGAGUCAUACACCCAGGCACAGAACUGAGUAGGCAGACCAUAUGCAGUACGCUUGAAGAGAAGACUUUUGUACUGGACCCUGUCAAAAGCUUCAGCGAUGUUAAGACUGAUAGCCAAACUCUCACUCUGAUUGGCAACAGCCUUGCCCCAGGUGUGUGUCACGUCAAGGUCACCCGUCGAUCGAUUCGGCUUAAAUCGUCGAUUGUCGAUUGGAGAGUGUUCUUUUAGGUAACGGGUCAGAUCGUAAUUAAGGACCCUUCCGAAGACUUUGCAUAAUACUGAGGUGACAGCUAUCGGCUGACAGUUGGCCGGGUCUGAGCGAUCCCCUUUUUUGGGCACCGGCUGCAAAUAUGCAUCUGUCCAAGCUCCGGCACACGCCCCAAAAGAGUACGAGAGUUUAUACAGGCGUAUAGGCACUGAAGACAACUCUACUGCACAAUGUUUGAGUACAACUGUGAUGCCAUCGAGUCCACUAGCUUUCCAGACUUCAAGUGAUUGCAAUUCCUGCAUCAGGCAUCGUAGUGCAGCAUCGAUUCAGGAUUUAGCCGCAAAGAGAUUUUUCAGUAAAUCGUCUUUCUCCUUCGGCUUAAUAACUAGUGAUCCGUUUGGAAAUAUCAGAAGUGGCAGCGAGGGCUGUCAGUAGUAGUUGUAUUGUUUAUACUCUUUAUGUUAUAGAAAUGAUUUCCAUAUCUAAAGAUUAUAGCAAUAAACGAGAGAUAAUAAAUAUUUCUAAGAAAUAGUGAUUUUGCAAUAACGGUGCCCUAUAUAAAGAUAACAUGUAUGCUACUUACUGUAAAAAGAUAAUUUCUGACUGUGAAAGAUUUAGUAUUAAGAAACUCCUAUUUUUAUAAUUUUGAUAUCAAUAAAUAAACUUUAUAUUUUGAUACAAUAAUAUAUUUUUUAUUAAUACCAUGGAAACUAUAUGAAUUGUGCCACAAAACAACACACACUCUAACUGAUUUGGGAACGAAAAUUCUUCAG